AUGUCUCUGAAAUUGCUUCAAUUGAGCGUGGCAAUUGCCGCUCUCGCUACAUCGGUCAAUGGACUCGCUAUGCCUGGCGACGCUUUCAGCGUCGAUGCCUUUACGCCUUCCACCCUAGAAGAAUUCGACCCUGCGGCUGAGUUGGAAAGGCUCGAGGCGAAAUUCCCUGUUGUCUCAGGUGGUAAUAGCGUCAAGGCGCGUAGCCACAAACAAGCAGGUUCUGCUAAGGUGAUGCCUUCCUCAGCUGGCUUGUCAUUCUUUGUCCCUACAGUCAUUGGAAAUCAGACAUUCAAACUUAUCUACGACACUGGCUCUGCCGAUUUAUGGGUAAAUUCCAACGAGUCAGCUCCGUGGCAGAAGCUCGAACAUCCCACCUAUGUGCCAACCUCAUCAUCAGAGCUCCUGCCCAACUAUACAUUCGCUAUCAAGUACGCCUUUGGAAACGAGAUCAGCGGCGUGGUGUUUAAAGACACUGUCAAGGCAGGUUCCGUGGUUGCCCACAAGCAGGCCGUCCAGGCCGCCGUUAUCAACCCAAUGUAUAUGGAAACGGAUGGUAUUCUUGGUCUCGCAUUUUCUGCCAUCAACACUGUCAAGCCCGAAAAGCAGACCACCUUAUUCGAAACCCUUAUCCCCACUCUCAAAAGGAAGCUGUUUGCUGCGAACCUUCGAGCCGAUGGCAAGCCAUCAUCCUGGGACUUUGGGUACAUCGAUAACUCCAAGUUCAAAGGGAAGAUUGGCUACACGCCCGUGACCAGUAAGAAGCACUGGGCGAUGAAUGCUGGUUCCUACGCUGUAGGCCAAGGUUCAUUCACCGACAGCAAGAAAACAGUCGGCGAGGUUAUUGUCGACUCUGGCACCUCCCUUGUCUACCUUCCCAAAGCUGUGGUCAGUGACUACUACGGUCAUAUUAAGGGAUAUAAGUUCAUCGAGGGAGGAUCGCAUACAUUUCCAUGCAACAGCACCAUUCCCGACUUUCAUUUCAAGACUGAAGGCAUGACGCUCACCAUUCCGGGACGAGAAGUCAACUACACUGUUUACGACCCUAACGUCAACACUUGCGCUGGUGGCAUUACGACUCAGCUGAACGGAAAAUACUCAGUGCUGGGGAACCUGUUUAUGAAGAACUACUAUGUUAUUCAUAGUCAAGAGGAGGCUACCCCAAAGCUUGGAUUUGCUGCGCAUUAA